ACGGACGACGGUUCCGUCAUUCAUUCCAAAUUCCGAUUCCGCACUCGGCGGAUGCCGUACGGUCACGAUCGUGUUUGCUAUUCAGUGAUAAUACUAUUCUGAUAAAAUAAKUCACCCGUCUUCGUCGUCGGUCGUUGUUAACCGCCGACCCGGCGAACAGGGAGUCCGAAAAUAAUACGGUUAACGUUCGUUGUCUCGGUUUUUAUUCUCCAUACUCUUCGUUUUCUGGUCGUACGUAUCCGUUUGUGUGCGCACUGUAUGGAAGCAGGACCACCUAUCGUCCAACAUGGCUGGAGAACCGGUGCUAGUGCACGUCUAUGAUAUGUAUUGGAUCAAUGAAUAUACUACACACAUGGGUCUUGGUGUAUUCCAUUCUGGCAUUGAAGUGUAUGGACAAGAAUAUGGAUAUGGAGGUCACGAUAGAUCAGAUACUGGAAUUUUUGAUAUGAUUCCAAAAGAUGUUUAUGAAUUAGGAGACCAUUAUAGAUACAGAGAAUCCAUAUACAUUGGAACUACAGAUUUUACAGUUAGUGAUGUUAAAAGAAUAUUGAUUGAACUUGGUAAGGAUUUUCGAGGCGAUAGAUACCAUUUAAUGAAUAAAAACUGUAAUCAUUUUUCUGGAUCAUUAACAAAGAUUUUAUGUGGACAAGAUAUACCAAGUUGGAUAAACAGGCUAGCAUAUGUUAGUUCGUGCAUUCCUUUUUUUCAACGUUGUCUACCAAAGGAGUGGUUAACUCCAAUUUCUCUUCAACGGAAUUUGUCACGAAGAAAGUCGGAUGCCUCUACUGAGCAACUCAACCCAUAACAUAAUUAUUUUUGCAUCAUAAUAAUUGUAAACAAUAUGAUGUGUGCCAUUCACAUUAAUUGCCUACUACUAAAAUAAACAUGUAAAUGCAAUGAUAUUAUUUAUAAUAUGUAUAAAAAAAAAAUAUGUAGAUUUUAAAUUAAACGCUUUGAAUUAUAAUAUAA